AUUUGUUCUUGAUUUCAACAACAUUCAAAUGUUUUUUCAGGUUUUGUCUAGCAACUUCAUUGAUUGGAAUUUGGUUUUCGGGUGGUGGGGAAAGUCGUCACCUUUUUUUGUGUGAUCAUGUCUUGGACAAGUGAGAGGUGAUGGUUUGUGAGUUUACUAGGGGCUUUCUUGUGUUAUUAUUAUUAUUUUGGUAUUUUGGGCUUUCUUGAGGUUACUCUAAGUAAAUUUCCUUAUUGUGGCUUUCAUAGACUUUGUAAUUUUUUUUUUUUCAUUUUUACAAUGAAUAGGUUUUUAUGUUAUUUUUGUUUGACUAGAACUUGAAAUGGAUUUAAUUGGACAGUGGCCUUUGGUUGAUUUAUGUCCUGCUAGUAGUUCUCCAUUCUUUCAUUUGUCAAAAAUCAAUUUAUUUGCUUGCUCAUGGAGAUUCUGCUUCCACUUUUAGAGAUAUCCACUUGUUCGUCAAGAAAUUGUAUCGCUUUUUAUGUGAUUUUUCUUUGGACAUGAACAUGAGAUGGAUUUGGUUGGACAGCAGAUUCUGGUUGAUCCGCAUCCUGCUAAUACUUCUGUAGAUUCCAUUUGCUCAAAUCUUGCUUUUUUACGGUGCUUCUGCUUCAAUAUUUAGAGAUAUCAACUUGUUGGUCAAGAUAUUGGGACUCUUUUGGUGUAAAUCACUUCAAUUUUUUUUUUUUUUGGUUCUUUACUUUUUUCUUUUUAUGACAGAAGUAAAUUAUAUUGUAUUUCUUUUGUUCCCCCUAAAUGAUCUCCUUUUUUCUGGAAAUAAAUGGUCUCUUUUUUGGCUUUGACUUAUUGCUAUGAGAUUAAUGGAGUGGUUGUAAAUACUGAAAAGAUUCAAAUUUAUAUGGAAAACCAUUGUAAUGGUUCCUUUUUGGUUGGGGUGAAGUGAAACUGUCAUUUCGCAUAUGAUGGUUUUACUUUUUUAGUUUGUAUGUUAUAGAAAUCAUUUUGUAGUGGUCAUGUCAUCAUUAUUUGUAGUUCAUGGUUCAUGAUCAAGAAAUGGACAUGGUCAUACUUUUAUUUGAUUAUAACUAAUAGAGUCGUGUAACCAUGUCCUAUGAUAAUGCAAAGUAAGUUUAGAGCCACUGAAUCAAAGAUUGUUGAAUUUCUUGAUAUAUGACGUUAACAAGCAUCUUGCUUUGUUUAUUCAGGUUGCUGAUAUUUAUAUAUAAAACAGCUGAUAAUCGGGAACUUUGGUCUCUGCUGCUAUGUCUUCAUCUUUUCCAGCUCUCCCUACUCCUUUCAAAGUGAGUUAUCCCAUGUUGUCUGGUCCUUUACAGGUUUCCUCAGGAAGGGAAGUGAUGAAAGCCUCUGUAUUACCAAAAGAAUCUCUGUUACCCUUACCCACUGAUGGAACCCCUGGGAAUUUGUUUCCAUCCCUUUCCAUAACCACCAAUGACAUGCAUGCCUCAGCUCUAGCACGUGAUCAACAUUCUCAAAAUCCUGCCUUCAUUUCUCAGUCUUCAAGGGAAUUAGCAUCUUUGCCACCAAUCGAUUCUUCAUUUUCAGAACAGCCCUCAGCUUUAAUUAAUCACCCACAGGAAAAUAAUGUUUCUUGGUGUUUAGAUCGGCUUCAAAACUUUCUUGAUUUGCCUGAAAAUGUUCCUGGUCCAAAUGAGCUGGUGGAAAGCAGCACUGGUGUCAUGGCGUCUAACGACCACAAUAAGAGAAUCAAUUGGCAGGAGUGGGCGGAUCAGCUGAUCUCUGUUGAUGAUGCUCUGGAUACAGACUGGAAUGAGAUUCUUGGUGAUACCAAUGUCUCAGAUCCCAAACUGAAGGUGCUGAAACCUUCCGGUGAUAUCUCAAAGCAACAGCCUCAGUUUCAUCAGAAUCAACCUGCAGCACAUGGAGAAUUUUCUAGCGAUGCUUACCCAUCGAUCACUGCUCCUCCAACCAAGCCCCGUAUGCGUUGGACACCAGAGCUUCAUGAGGCUUUUGUGGAAGCUGUUAAUCAGCUGGGUGGCAGUGAACGAGCUACUCCAAAAGGUGUCUUAAAGCUCAUUAAUGUUGAAGGCUUAACAAUCUAUCAUGUUAAAAGUCAUUUGCAGAAAUAUAGAACCGCCAGAUACAAGCCAGAAUCAUCAGAAGGAACGUCAGAGAAAAAAAUGACUUCAAUUGAAGAUAUGAAAUCCUUGGACUUGAAGACGAGUAUUGGAAUUACUGAAGCAUUGCGAUUGCAGAUUGAAGUUCAGAAGCAGCUCCAUGAACAACUCGAGAUUCAGAGAAAUUUGCAAUUGCGAAUUGAAGAACAAGGGAGGUAUCUGCAGAUGAUGUUUGAGAAACAAAAAAGAAUGGAGGAUGAAAAGAGUGGGGGGACUUCUUCUGCCCUAGAUGCCCCUCCUGCACCAUUACCAGGCUCAAUGUUCCCAUCUUGUACCGCUGAUAAAUCAGAAGUCUUAGAGCAAGUUCACACAAGAACUGGAAUUACUACUGGAAAUGCUAGCACUACAGAGGAAAAAAGUCCCCAGGAUGUAAGCAGGAAGCAAAAGGGAUCAGAAACAGAAACAACUGACCAUGUAGAGACAAAUGAGGAUGAGUCUGGUUCCCCACUCUCAAAACGAGCAAGAACAGAGAAAUAGCAGCAUUGUUGACUUAGCAUCUGACAAAUAAUCUUUCUAUAGCAUUGCUCCUGGAGAUGCUGUUGUAAGACAGAAACCAGGGGUUUUUGAAACAUUAGAUCUUAGAUCUAUCUUUACAUGACUCAAUGGGUGACUUAGAUAUGAUAUUCUUUUCAUUUUGAAAGAAUUAUAGGUUCUGCUCUUGAUUGUUGACCUUUCUAAUCUAAAACAUUUGCCUUGA